AUGACGAGCUUUGGAAGACGCAGUACCGAUGGUCACGACGGAUAUGGGUUCACUCAUCCCAUCGCAUUGCCCGGUCCUUACUCUCACGGAGAUGCUCAUGAAUAUGACACAAAUGGGGUAGAUUCAUUUAGCUAUGCACAGCAUUCCAUCAGUCCUUACCAGGCUCCCUUCAAUGGGCCGUACAACCAGCAAUCUGACCUGAGGAACUCACAGCAUGUGUCUCCGCUUUAUUCGGCCUCUCAGUCCGUUCCACCAACACCAGCACCUGAUCAGCUCAGGUAUAGACAUCAACCAUCUCAGUAUAUGUCGCACUCCCGAUAUAUCCAAUCGCCAAGAUACUUGCCUAUCCGUGAAGUUUUGGAUUCAGAUAUCGAAAGCCAAGAGUCUCGCAAUGAGGGGACAAUGUUGUCUGAACCUAUCAUUCCACCGCUGAAUGGGUUUCCUGAUGUGAGAGAGUUUGAUCAGCUGAUGAGGAGCUAUGUUGACGACCUAUCCAUCAAGAAGCAAGACAAGGCUCUGAUACAUUCCAAAAGAGCAAGAAAUAUCAGAUCCGUCCUGAUAGAUCCGAAAGACACAGCGGUCGAGUCGGCUCAAUUCAGAUUCUGGGUCAAGAAGAUGUUUAAACUUCAGGCAAUCGGCAUCGGCAGUUCAGAGUGCAGGAAGAUGAUAUGUCACGAAGGAAAGCCUGUGGCAAUCCGAGAAAAACUUUUUAAAAUUUUGACCAAGGCUCAUCAGCAAUGCCAGCACGGUGGUCGCGAUAAAACGUCAGCCCAGGUUCGAAAAAUAUAUUCAUGGGUUCCAAAGGAGCUUAUAUCACGCUUUGUCAAGAUCUGCCCGACAUGUCAAGUGCGUCGUGGAGCCUCGCGUUUGACGCCGCCCAACUCUCGUCGAGGGUCCCCCCGCCUGGAAUUACUUUCUCGCUCUCCUAGGCUUCUCUCCCCGCCAAGUUCCAGGCGCGAUUCCGCCUUCAGCGGUCACCUGUCACUAGAUAGGUCACAGACGGAGUAUUACAAUCAAGUGCAUGGUCAAAUGUCCUGGAUGGACAGCCAGCAUACCUUGGAUGGUAGGCCGAUUUUCAAUGCUGGGCCCACGGGCUCCCUAGGGGGGGGGAUUCUUCAUACGUUGCAGAAUUCAUUGUCUAUGACGUUAGAUCCCUAUGUUGGUGCUGAUCUGUCCUCCCCCCAUAUAAAUUACAGUUCUGGAUACGUUUCUCCCCAUGACAGCUCUAGGCCAUAA